UUUAAUAAUUUUUGUAUGUAUGUAUUUAUUUUCUAUGCCACACCACAGAUGAAGCUCUCUCUCUUUAAGGCAUUAGUCCUCACAUAUUUCAGGGAAUUCUUUCCAUAUUAAUGGAUUUGCCGUGAAAACUACUGCAGAAUCCAUACAUAUUGUAGAAUGUUUUACAGCAGUAGCAAGCAGAACAUUGAUCAGAAUCUGUUGGUAGAUCCCUGGAUGCUUUGCACUCAUUAGCAAAGAGACUGCCAAUUCUCCAGCAAUAGCAACAUUUUAAAAGCUUCCCCUCCCCCUUUUUUUAAUUAGACUGCUGAAGGAGAAUGCUUGGAGAUGUGGCAGGGGCAGGGAACUAGGGAAUGGAUAUUUGUGUGAAAGGACUUGUAAGCUUGGUUCUGGUACUAAUCACAAAUUCUUGGGUUAUGCAUGUGCAAAGAGGCCCUGCAUUCCUUAAUUCUUAGACUAUCUCUCUCUGCUUGAGCCUUUGUUUUACAUUUAGCUACAGUUUGAGGACUGCAGGGUUCUACUUAAAUACGUAAUAUGCUGUAAACUAUAGAUGUGUGAGGUAUCUCAUUAGACGAGUCAAUUUGGCAGCCCCUCAGUCAGUCCCCCAGAUUUCAGCCUGGUAUCAACUGACUCUGGUCGGCUGCUGUUUGCAUAUUUUUAAGCCAGGGAUAUUUGCAUAAAUUCUGCCUGCUAUUUAUGCAUCUUCCCCUAAUUUUGAAUUGCAGCCAACUUUGAAAGCAGAAGCUGUGAACACCCCCUCCCAACUCAGCCCAGUUUUGGUUCUCAAGUUUCCAAAAGUCCACCAAGCGCAAUCAGAGUUGGUGCCAUGGCCUCAAAUUCAGGAGUCGUCCCUGAUGAUGGCGAAAGCAGCAAGAAUUCUACACUGGAGAGAUGCCUGAAUGUGUUUAGAGAUGCAAGCAAUGAUAGUGAACAGUUUGCUGCACUGCUUCUGGUGACCAAAGCAGUAAAGGCUGGAGAAAUCAACUCCAAAGCCCGCAGGAGGAUCUUUGAUGCAGUUGGUUUCACAUUCCCAAACCGGCUCCUCACUUCCAAGGAUCCCCCAGAGGGAUGCCCACAGCACACAUUCCAGGCUCUUGGCCUCACCCUGCUGGCCUGCUUCUGCACUGAUCCAGAUUUAGCCAGGCAUCCUCAGAUCCUUAACAAAAUCCCCGUGUUCAAUGAUGUGAUUUCAACUUGCAAGCCAGGAGAUGCAUCCUGUAACUCCAUGAUCGACGAUGCUUACCAAUGCCUCAGAGCGAUCCUGGCCACUCCCAAGGGUCCCAGAGAAUUGGUGAACAGGGGAACUCUCUCGGCACUGUGCUUGGCCUAUGUGAAUCACAACUAUGGCUUUGACCAGGCCCUCCAGCUGCUUGUGGGGCUUCUGACAUCUGUUGAAGCGAAGUGCUGGCAGAGAGCUACGACUGAGCUCAUGACUGUGCUUAACCUCCUCAGUACUGAAUUCCAGAAAGCUGAAGACAUGACCAAAUUCCAGCUGUGUGAAGUGCUGCCCCGCUUUGUACCCCCUCUUCUCCCUGCUGGCUCUGAAUGCCUUCAGCCCCUCUACCGAGGCCUCUCUACCAUCCUGACCAGCAAAUUGAGUACCUCCCAGCGGGACCCUGCCUUGAAACUAGCAGCCUGCCUGUCACAAGCCUGUGGCUCAAGAUGGAUCCCAGCAGGGAGCUCUGGCAGCAAGUUCUUUGCCCUGCUGGCCAACUUGGCAUGUGUGGAAGCCCGCCUGACCCUGGAGGAGCUGGAUGUGGCAACAGUGGACAAGAAGCAGGAGCUGAUGGCUGCUUGUUAUGUCUUGAUGGAGCUUGCGAUUAUGGAGUGCACAAGAGAGAAGGGCUCUUUGCUUCAGGAUGCCCAGAAAGUACAGCUGGUGGGGAUCCUGGGGGAAGCCUUCAGGGCUGUCAUACACUACCUGAGACAGGUAGGUCGGAAGAAGCUGGAGGAUCCUUUUAUCUUUGCUUCUGUUCGUAUUCUUGGGGUCUGGCUGGCUGAAGAGACUUCAUCACUCAAGCAGGAGAUCUGUGAGCUACUACCUUUCCUGAUAUAUUAUGCCAAAAUGCAGUUCGAAGAGGAGCGGAGAGGCAGAAGUGGUUUGCAGCAUGAGGCAGAGCAGGCUGGGCAAGGCAACAUCCAGGAGCCCAUCUGGCGAGGGGACGCCCUGAGAUUCCUGUUGCCUGGAUUAAGCCACUUGACUGCAGAGGAUCGGCCCCGUGAGAUCCUCAUCAAAGAGGGAGCACCGGUUCUCCUGUGCCAAUAUUUCUUGCACCGCUGGGAGACAUUUGUUUCUAGCUCUGAAACUGUGUCUGCACCUAAAUCUGUGGAAACCAGUCUUCAGACUUCUUGUGAGAUUUUCCUGAAUUUGGUGGUCACCGCUCCAGAUCUAAUCAGCCGAGAAGACUGUUUUGCAGCCUUGAUGGAUGUGCUGCUGAAAUCUCUUCCGCCUCUGCUGCCCCAGAGAGAACAUCUCACCCUGACAGCCAACGUGGUGACUCUGGGCCUCAUGAUGGCCAGGAGACUCUUUGCUUACCCAGGUCUUCAAGGGACUCCAGAAUCCGAGGGCUUCUUUGUUGCUGCCAUCCGUUUCCUGGCAGACGCACAUGUUGCCCAAACUGAUCCCGAGGGGAUGAUUAUGACCUUGGGGGUUUCCCCAGCCUACAAGGCAGCCUGGCCAGCCAUUCGUGAGUUGUGGUUUCUAGGUAUGCAGGCCUUUGCUAGUUGUGUGCCUCUCUUCCUGUGGCUGCCACAGGAUGUCCUACGCUCUGGCUGGCUUCAGGAGCUCCUGGCAUUGCUGGGUCGUGUGGUACCAGCAUCGGUAGACUUGGAAGUUAUAAGAGCUUUCCAAGGCAUCCUGGUGGAGCUGGCCAGAGCUAGUCAGCCGUGCCUGGAGAUGAUCCAACAGCAUCGGGGUUUGGAGCUGGCCAAUCUGUACGGCAUGGCAGCCUUAGAGCAGUGUCUGUCUGAGCAGUGAGCAAGCUCCGAAAUGUGUGGUGGCAGGAGGAGUUUUUCCCUGAAGCAGUCUUACCGUUCUGUUUCAUGCAGAUGGGUGUUUUCUAAUCAGUAGGACAUGGGAUGUGUCAGGCCCCUCUUCUUCCCAGGUGGCUGCACAAAGUGACAACAUUUAAUAUGAUACCUUUUGUUUUAUUUGUUUGUUUGUUUAUUUAUUUAUUUAUUAGGUAUUUUUAUGCCGCCUUUCAGGCCAGAAAAGCUCUCUCUAGGCAGCUCACAGAAAUAACAGAAAAACAAUUUAGAAAUUAAAACAGCAGUAUAAAAUAAUUCAAACCCAGAUCAGUGCGAUAUAUAAAAAAGUAGUGGCAAUUUAAAAGAUUUGUAAUUUUCCUUAAAAAGGUCUUUGAGACCCAUUAAGGAAAAAAAAGGGUAAAGAGGGGGGCCAAACAUAUGUUCUGUGGAUGGGAGUUCCACAAAGAUGGGACCACCACUGAAAAGGAUAAUCAUUGUCUAAAUGCAUGUUUCCUAGCUCUCUGUGAUAUCGUAGAGUAUCAUGAAGUAAAAAUCUUAUCUGCUGGCAGUAAAACAAUUGCACAAUGUAUGCCAAUGCACGUUAGUGCUGUUCAGUUGACUCUAAUGCAGUGUGAAGAAAGCUACUGUUUUGCUCUGGAGAGAGAGCAAAUGUGCGCUAAAGGAACUUUGGUAGAAUCCUAGUGUGGGAGGGGAGGGAUAUUUCGCUAGGCAUAGUGAUUGUACCCAAAGUGUCCUUGGCUAGCCUCAGUCAGGCGUCUGAGUGCCCUUACGAUCACAGGGCUGAAUAGGCAGGCCAUCUCCUCAUUGCCUCAGGACUGGUAUUGUGGAAACACUUUCCUGAGGACACCAAGGGAGGCUACGUCCUCUCUUUUUAUUUGAUUAUAAGUAUUUAUAUUCCAGUUUUAAGAAUACAAAUCCUUCCAGGGCAGCUUAUACAAGUAAAAUCAAACUACCAAAAACAGAACAUGUCAUCAGGAUCCCUCCCACAGGAUUGCUGGUGCCAGUUUGUAUUUGGUUUGUUUGUUUUCUUGUUUUUUACUUGAUAAAUUUAUACCCCACUUUUCGGGCAAAAAAACCAGAACACUCUACCGAAGGGCAACUUGCAAAUGUUUUAAAACAAGCACACACAAUUUAAAUCCAACUGAAGUCCGCAAACCAGCUGGGUGGGCAGGUGGGAAAGAACAGCCCACCUGGAGCAGACUGUGAAGGCAACUUUGCCUGUCCACCUCUGUUCCUUCCCAUGUCCCUUUUGGGGAGGGAGGAGAGGGGACCAGUUUGGGCAACAAGAGGGUUAAAGCUCCUUUGCUGUUAAAAGAAUGAACCUCCUUUGAAUUGAUGCAGUUCAAGAAAAAGGGGUUUCCCAGGCCAGAGAUACAGAAGUGGGAUCUAAACUCUCCGGACUGUGAACGCUUGCUUGUUUUGGCUUCUCUGUAUUGUUCAGCAUGUAGGCUCCUGCAUGCAGCUGGUCAGUAUUAUGUUCCUGGAUUGGGGGCUGGCUCAGCCCAUGAAGCUCUUGGCCUUGGCUCAUUCUCCUGGUGUUUCUAGUACAGUAAAUAAAGUGCUCUGUCUUGUAAAAAAAA